AUGAUACCGAAUAACAGGAGUGAAAUUCCGACACCUGAGGUUGCAGAAAACUAUCCACACCUCAAGUGUAUUGCUGACUACCUACCUGCACUGGACUCUAAAGCUAAAAUUUCCUUGCUCAUAGGACGUGACCUAAUUUCAGCUCAUUAUGUCCUAGAUCAGAUAAUUGGACGACCAGGUCAACCAUAUGCACAGAGACUCAAGUUAGGUUGGGUUAUUAUUGGGGAGACUUGUCUUGAUGGUCAACAUAUACCUCAUGACGUGAACACUAUGAAAACACAUACCCAGCUCAAUGGACGUCCUACAUCCAUGGAUCCUUGUGACAGUUAUCUUCAGGUAGACCAUACCCAGGAAACUUCUUUGUUCCGAAUAACAAAGGAUGAUAACAAGCCGUCCAUGUCGGUAGAGGAUCAACGUUUUCUGGAUCUCAUGGACCUUGAGAUGAAACGAGAUCAAAAUCACAACUGGGUUGCGCCUUUACCAUUUAAGUACUCGAGACCUACCCUUCCAAACAACCGUAAGCAGGCAGUUGACCGAGCUCAGAACUUUGAUGUAUCUCUGCAGAAGGACCCAGUAAAGCGUCAACACGCCCUUGAAUUCAUGCAAGCUCUAUUGGAUGUCGGACAUGCAGAGAGGGCGCCUGAACCUAAACUCGACAGAGAAUGUUGGUACUUACCCAUAUUUGGAGUAUACCACCCGCAAAAGAAAGAUUGCAUCAGAAUGGUAUUUGACUCAUCUGCAAAAUACCAAGGCAUUUCCCUGAACGACGUCCUCAUGACAAGACCGAAUCUCAUGAACAAUUUGGUUGGAGUUUUACUUAGGUUUCGAUUAGAGAAAAUUGGAGUGAUUGCUGACCUGCAACAGAUGUUCUACAGUUUUCUUGUUUACCCUCCUCAUAGAGACUAUUUACGCUUUGUAUGGUAUGAGGACAAUAACAUAACGAAACCUUUGGUGGAUUAUAGAAUGAAGGUGCAUGUCUUUGGCAAUGGACCAAGCCCGGCUGUGGCAACACUUGGUUUGAGGAAAACGGCAGAUGUCGCCGAGGAAACCGCUGGAUCAGAUGUUAAGGAUUACAUCUACCAAAACUUUUAUGUGGACGACGCACUUUCAUCACACGGAUCUGCCGAGGAGGCAAUAACACUUCUAAAGAAAGCUAAAUACGCACUUCAGGAAGAGGGAAACCUGCGACUUCACAAAUUAUGUUCCAACUCCAGUGAAGUAUUAAGAGCCUUUGACAAGGAAGAUCUUGCAAAAGAUUUAAAGGAACUAAACUUUGAAUGUGAUGACCUCCCAAUUCAGAGGAGCUUGGGAGUAAGUUGGAAUCUGGAAAAGGACACUUUCACAUUUUGCGUCACUUUAAGUCACACCAAACCACUCACAAGACGCAGUGUGCUCUCAAUAAUCAACGGCCUAUAUGACCCUAUAGGAUUCGCAACUCCUGUGAUUAUUGAGGGAAAGUUGCUGUUGCGUGAAGCCAUGGCCCAACCACUUGAAUGGGACCAACCCUUACCUGAGAAAAUCUGCAGAAAGUUUCAGUUAUGGAGGAACAGCUUAAGCUCACUGGAACAAGUGAACAUCCCUAAAACAUACUCGUUAGAGUCAUCACGUGACUGUAACUUAUUCAUCUUUACAGAUGCUUCUGAACUAGCUAUCGCAGCUGUGGCAUACGUUGUUACCACCACUUACAACAAACAGCGUCACUUUGGAUUCGUGCUUGGGAAAGCCAAAGUUGCUCCGAAACACGGCCACACUAUACCCUGA